AUGCCUCGCCAGAUACUUCCACAUGAGCUGAACGAAGUAAAGAAUAUAAUCAAAGAUUGUUUCAGAAAAUUUGUUCCAAAUUUUAGCGUAGAAAUAUCACCUAAUUGUAAUUAUGAAAUUAUUGAAACAAUAGAUCGAGGUAUCUUUGGAGAGGUUUUUAAAGCAACUCUGCCACAAACCGAAGGUUAUGUAGCUGUAAAAGAGUUAAAAACCUUAAAGCGUGCCGAUGGUAGAGUUAAUCUCCAAGUUGUUCGGGAUUUGGGGUGUUUAACUAUUUUUAAACACGAAAAUAUCGUCAAGUUAGAGGGAAUAUGUGUCAAAGGAGUUGUUGGAGGUAGAAUUAUCAAUCCCUCUAUUUCCAUCGUCAUGGAACUCUGUGUGUGCAAUUUAAACACACUUAUUACAAACAAAUUGAUUAACGAGGAUUCCCAACGAAAAUGCAUAAUCAAACAUUUCCUGAAGGGAUUAUCUUUUUUACACAGCGCGGGCAUUAUGCACAGAGAUUUGAAGCCACAAAAUUUACUCAUAAAUGCAGACGGCAUUUUAAAAUUAACUGAUUUUGGAACUGCCAGAUUUCAAGAUCCGACUAACCCAAAUUAUUCACCUUUAAUUGGCUCGCCUUCAUAUGCACCCCCUGAGUUACUCUUAAAGCUGGCGAAUUAUGAUCAAACGUUUGAUAUUUGGUCAGCGGGAUGCGUAAUAGCAGAAUUGUGGCUUAGACAAGUGUUAUUCAAGGGAGAUGAUAAUCUUGAAAUUCUCAAAAGAAUAGCUUAUUAUUGUGGUGGAAUAAACGAAGCAACACUUCCCGGUGCCGAACGCAGCCAAAAUUAUGGUUCAUAUCACUCCGAGAUUAGUGCAGGUUCAAACGCUCUUGAAGUAAAGUUGAGACAUAAGAACGUCGUGAAUGAAGCUUGUAAUUUGAUCAGCGAAUUAUUGAAAAUCAACCCAUCUAAACGCAUCUCCGCCUUAAAUGCGUUAAGUCACGACUUCUUAACCCAGCCACCAGCUCCAGAUAGACUUUCAUGUUCUGAAGUAGUACCCUUUAUCACUUUGGUGAUGGAGUUGUGUUCGCGCAAUUUGCGUGAAGUUUUGAUAAACGAAAGAAUUCGCAACGAUUCUCAGAGAAGAUGCAUAAUGAAACAGCUUCUUACUGGUUUAAGCUUCCUACAUAGUUUAACGCCUAACACUAUUUUAUUUAUAAUUCAGUGUCCGACGCUUCACGGAAUUAUUGAUCUCUGUGGUGAAAUAAAUGAGAAAACGCUGCCUGGUGUUGAAGGCACCGAAAUGUACGAGGUUGUAAAGAAUUACGCCCCCGGUCAAAAAAGAAUUCUUGAAAGGAGACUUUCUGACGAGGUUAUACCACUGCCUGCAAUCCAAUUAAUUAGUCAAUGCAUUCUACUUAUUGGAUGGCAACGCCUGUCUGCGGAGAGUGCUUUGUCACACUGCUUCUUUGUUUUAACUCCUGAUGAUGCUCAGGAUUUAAAAAGUCUGCUCUAA